AUGACAGCUGCACGUCUGCGCUCCGUGGUGAGUGACGUCCUUCCCAUUGAUGUGCACCACCAAUGCCCUUUGACCACAGGCGCUGUGCCGACCUGCGGGGCCGACUGCCUGGUGUCCUGCUUCUGCCUGGAGAGCGUGAGUCCAGACCUGGCGGCGUUCACGCGGGCUCUGGGGCACAUGUCCUCGCUGCUGCGUCCAGGGGGGCACCUUCUGCUCAUCGGCGCCCUGGGGGAGAGCUACUACCUGGGGGCCCCGGGGCUGCGGAUCCCUGUAGUGCCCCUGGACAAGGUCCAGUUGUGUGCCAGCCUGAGAGAGAGCGGCUACCAGCUGCUGCAGCUCAGCAUCUACACCCUGCCGACUGACAUGAGUGUGGGCGUGGAUGACGUGACUGGGGUGUUCUUCGUCAAAGCCAGAAAACUGUAG